UGCGGGUGGCUGCUAUGGAGGCAGUAGGUGGGCUUUAGAGGCGACGGGUGUUGGGGGGUGGUGAGCCCGAUGAAGGCGAGCCGGAUAGAGAGCGGUGGGAACGGAGCUUCAUAGGAACCGUUCGUUUAGAAUAUUAUUCUGGGUCCGUGGACAUUUCUGACGUGAGGUCGUGAUUUCCGGUCAAGCGAGUCCUCGGACUUGUCACCUUCCUGGACAUGGACGAUACCAUUUACGUUCCCGCUGACCUGACUCCAGAAGAGCGUAUUGAGCUCGAGAACAUCCGUCGCAGGAAACAGGAACUGCUGGAAGAGAUCCAGAGGCUGCGUGAUGAGCUGAGUGAUGCUAUGAAUGAGGUGGAAGGCCUGGAGGCCAAUGAAGGAAGCAAAACGUUACAAAGAAACCGGAAGAUCGGGAUGGGCAGAAAGAAGUUUAAUAUGGAUCCUAAAAAGGGCAUCCUCUAUCUCCAGGAGAAUGAGUUGCUGAGAAACACUGCAGAAGACAUAGCACGCUUCUUGUACAAAGGGGAAGGGCUGAAUAAGACCGCCAUCGGGGACUACUUAGGAGAGAGGGAGGAUUUGAAUAUUUCUGUUCUUCAUAGCUUUGUGGAUCUCCAUGAGUUUACAGAUUUGAACCUUGUUCAAGCUCUCAGGCAGUUUCUAUGGAGUUUUCGUCUGCCAGGUGAAGCUCAGAAGAUUGACCGCAUGAUGGAGGCUUUUGCGCAAAGAUAUUGUAUGUGUAAUCCGGGUGUGUUUCAGUCCACAGAUACUUGCUAUGUCUUGUCUUUUGCGGUCAUCAUGUUGAACACUAGUCUGCAUAACCCCAAUGUUCGAGACAAACCUGGCUUUGAAAGAUUCAUCUCUAUGAACAGGGGAAUAAAUGAUGGGGGUGACCUUCCUGAGGACCUACUCCGGAACUUGUAUGACAGUAUCAGAAAUGAGCCAUUUAAGAUCCCAGAGGAUGAUGGGAAUGACCUCACACACACAUUCUUCAAUCCUGAUCGAGAAGGCUGGCUUCUCAAAUUGGGUGGCCGGGUGAAAACAUGGAAGAGGCGCUGGUUCAUCUUAACUGACAACUGUCUGUAUUAUUUUGAGUAUACCACGGAUAAAGAGCCGAGAGGCAUUAUCCCGCUGGAGAACCUCAGUAUUCGUGAAGUUGAAGAUCCCAGAAAACCGAACUGCUUUGAACUUUAUAUACCAAACAAUAAAGGGCAACUAAUCAAAGCAUGCAAAACGGAGGCUGAUGGGAGAGUAGUGGAAGGCAACCAUAAUGUCUAUAGGAUUUCGGCCCCAACUCCUGAAGAGAAGGAAGAAUGGAUCAAAUCUAUACAGGCUGCAGUGAGUGUGGACCCCUUCUAUGAGAUGCUGGCUGCCAGGAAGAAAAGGAUCUCUGUCAAGAAAAAACAGCAGAUGCAACAGGAACAACAAGAACAGUCUUAAAGGACUUGUACCUUCUUCUUGGAAACUCGCCUCUCCUGGCUUGCAACCACUGCUGAGCACUCCAUUGCCAAAUGAGGAUGGUGACUAUUGCCGGUGCUCACGGGUAGGGCACUAUGGAAACGGAGACCUUGUUUGCACUGGAUGCCUAGUGUACUCGCUAGAGCGUAGCUGAACUUGAUCUCGCCUCCAUCAUUUCAAGCCGGGCCUCAGUGUUCACUGAGUGCUGGUCAUUGAGGACUUUGAUUGUUGGAUUUUUCCUUUUUUUCCCCCCUCUCCAUUAGUGUAAAGAAUCUUUUUGUUUUAUUGAACUCUAAACCUAUUGGACAAAUAUGUGAUGUGGAAAAGUGCAUGAAAAAGCAAUACGACCCGAAACCUUUCCAUUGCCAUAGCACAAGCUUCGCAUUUGUUCUGUAGCCAGUUCUUUUUAUAAUCUUCUGCCAGAUGGUCCUCCAAGGUUGGUAGGGACUAUCACUUAAGGUGACGCCUUGGUUUGGCAUUGCUUUCUC